AUGGCAACGGAAUGCACGCAAGAAUCCGUUCUGGACUUUCUGUUGGAAAACGGAGGACGAGUGAAAAACAAGGUCUUGGUUGAGCACUUCAAAGUCGUUCUGAGUGGCGACAAUACUAAGAGAACGCUAUUAAAGGAGAGAUUUAAGCGCUUUGUUGACAACGUCGCUUAUGUAAGCAGGAGGAUGGAGAGAAAGUGGUCCGUCUGAAAGAAACACCGAGAGAUGCGGAGCGCGCGCGCGCAGGGUGGCGAUAAAGACCUCGACAGAGGAGUGAACGCGAUACAGUUCAAAGAGACUGAGAGGACCAAUGGAGAAAUAACUAGAAAACACGACAUAAUGCAAGAAACUGAGGCGUCAUCGGACUCGAAUAUGAUCGUCGCCGAACGCGAAACGUCCGAUGCGUUGUGCAUAUCAGACAUCGCGUUGACUGAGAGAAGCGAUGCGAUUUCCGACGAGCAGAGGUCGCGUGACAACAUCAGUGACACAAAUUCAAAUGACGACACUGGAAAACUGGACUCCAGGUCAGGAGAAACUCCACACACAUCCCAGAUCCGGAGGAGAACAUCCAGAGGAUCUCAGCGCAGUCUGCUGCUCCUGCUGGCCUCCUCCGAGGAUGCUCAGGACGGUCCGGGUGACGCGACGGGCACCGACGGGACCCCUAAAGGCAGCCGCGCGACUUUCAUUGAGCUCAUGAAGAGCAGUUCUCCACAGGUGCGACGUUCGCUCGUGCACCGCACCUCUCAAGAGCACAUAUCGGCCACGUAUCACUCGUCCGUGGAUGAGGAUUGCGCCUGCGUAACACUAGACCCGCUGGAGCACGAGUGGAUGGUGAGCACGGCAGACGGCGAAUGGGACACCCUGCAGCGUCUGCUCGGGUGCGAACCCACGCUCAUCCUGAAGAAAGACUUCGUCACGGGCUUCACGUGUCUGCACUGGGCGGCCAAGCAGGGCAAACACGAGCUGCUGGUCGCGCUGGUCAACUUCGCCAAACAGCACGACGUCGCCAUCAACCUGAACGCCCGCUCGAGCGCAGGGUACACCCCGCUACACCUGGCGGCCAUGCACAACCGCAUUGAGGUCAUGAAGCUGCUCGUGGGCGCUUACGACGUGGAUGUGGACGCCAGGGAUUAUAACGGGAAGAAAGCGGCCCAGUACCUGCGGGCCACCGUCACGGGUGACAUCAAAGACAUCAUAGGGGCCUGUGGGAGCUCGGACGCGGCGAGUGCGUCCGGUGUUGGUCGAUGGUGGCUUCCUAAAGUCCUGCCGUCCAACCUGAACCCGCUGCGGCUGUUAAACCCACCGGAGGAGCCGGUACCGGACGGGCAGGUGAAACCUCGCGCGCUCUACCGGAAGUCGUCCAUCGGCCGCAGGCUGCAGAGAAACAGAUUCAAGACGCAGAUCGUCCACAGCACUUCAUUCAGAGAGAACGACGAGAGAGAGGAUUCACUCAAGAGUCCCGUCAAAACAAGACCCGUGUCUAAUCUCUUCGGUUGAAGCCGAAAUGUUACAAUCAUUUAUAAAAGAGAAAUAACAUAUAUGUAUGGAUAUAUAUAUAUAUAAAGCCUAUGCAAAUAUAAGAAGUGCUGUAACCACACCCCCCCCCACAAGACGCAACAACAAUAAGGCAUUUAUGCAGGAUUUUUAUUAAUCAAAUCUGUCAUCUUCUCGCCCUUAAAGUAUGUCAAAGCUGCAGUGAAAAGAUGUUUUAGUUUUGUAUUGUUUUAGAAUAUAGUGCAUAACUCUUUUUAUUUUCUCCUUUUUUUUUUACAAUCAUUUCCUUUUUAAUGUUUCAUAGAAACAGCACUUGGUACAACAUGAGGGUGAGGGGGGUAAAUCAUUGUCAUUAUUAGCUGAAGAUCAACUGCACCGUGGGUUGAUGGUCUAGAGGUCUCUGUCUGUUACUGAUCUGCUUACUGGAACAAACUUAUACUGACACAGUUUUUAAAGCAAUGUUUUAGGAGAUAUAUCAUGUGCAGUGAUACAGAUCAUUCUUAUUUCACACACACUGUUCAAACGGGCACACUAAUGCACUUUGUGUUUAAAUUGUUGUGUUUUUAUUGUCUUUGUAGCAUGUUUUUUAUGACUGUUAUCCUAGAAAUGUGAACAUGACCUCAGUGUUGAUAUGGACAUGUGAAGCUGCUGACCCAUUGAUGAGGCACUUUUAGGUAAUCACAAAAGAAUUGUGAGUAAUGUACCAAGUUUUUAUGUUUUUAGAAUGUCAAUAUAUGAAUUAACAAGACCAUCAUGAAGCAACUGCACUUGUAAGGAAAGACUCUAAAUCCCAGUAAAAGUGCUAAAUGUCUUUUGAUUCACAUUUUUGGUAUCUGUAUACAGUGUUUGAAAUCAUAUUUAUGGCUUUUAUCAAAAGUGACUUACAGUCCAUUUAAGGUAUAUUUUUAUCGGUGUGUGUGUUCCCUGGGAAUCAAAUCUACAACCUGCUGCACUGCUGGAUAUGUGCUUUCUCAACACACUUACCAAUGAUAAACCUUUCUUCAAUCAUAUCGUACAGAAGAUGACCACGAAAUAUACGGUAUAUAUAUUUGCCCAAAUACACAUUUCAAUUAUUUACUCAUAAAGCACAAAUAAACACAACAAAGGUUGAUCGCUUUGCUGUAGAAAGGAGGAGAAAAAGAACAUAACCAGCAUAAUACAAGAUAAUACACAACUAAUUAUAAUGGAUUAAAUGCACGGAUAAGUAGAUGAGACUGUAGAUUAAUUUAGACACCAUGAGGAACAUCAAGACCGUUAAUGUCACAUCAUUCCUACAAUUUAUUCCAGUGAGACACAAUCCAAAACAUGUUAACAGUAAUUGUAAUGAAUGAUUUAUAAAAAUAAAUAACGUUUAAAGCUG